AUGUCUUCGACAACUUCACCAUUCUCACUCGCUGCCAUCAUGAACGAUCCCGCCCCACAGAGCGCACACUCUUCAAGCGGUGAAUCCGACCAUGAAUCCUCAGAGCAGGCUCCUCGCCCUUAUGAGUGCCAUCUCUGCGACAAAUCUUUCUUGCGCCUCGAGCACCAGACCCGCCACAUCCGCACUCACACCGGCGAAAAACCCCACCCCUGCGACUUCCCCAACUGCGACAAGCGCUUCUCCCGAUCCGACGAGCUCACUCGCCACAUGAAGGCCCACACCUCGGCCUGCAAAAACGGCAAUGCCGAUCUCCUCUCGACCUCUCCUCACCACUACGCCACCUACCAGGAUUACCUCCAGGCCCAAGAGUCGGCCGAGUGGGCACGGAAACACAUUUGCCCCGUUCCCAACUGCUACAAGUCCUUCACCCGGUCCGGCCAUUUGGCUCGCCAUAUCCGCUCCCACACCUCUGAGAAGCUGUUUGUCUGCCCCGUCGAGAGCUGUGGUCUGGGCUUCACUCGCUCGGAUGCCCUUCGCGAGCACGCCCGUACCCACGUCCACCGCACCCGUAGCCGCAAGUCGGACGAGUCCAAGGACGGAAGCAGAUCGGCAUCCUCCAAGUCGGCCUCGCAUUCGCCUGCCAGCACCGCCCGCUCUUCAAUGUCGCCCUACCCUAUGUCGCCCUCGCACUCUGAGUCUGAGGAGUCGAUGUCUGAUUUCCCCUCCUGGGCUAGAAUGACCCCUAUCCACCCUCCCAACAACAUGGCUCAGUCGAACAUGGACCGCGCCUUUGCCCAGCAUCACCACAACCAGGGUUCUUUCAACCAUAACAACAACUUCCAGAACCUUCAGACUCCUCCUUACUCUCCUCCUACUUCGCCCCGUUAUGGCAGUGUCAGCUCGACCCGUUAUUCGGUCGCCCCUUACCCUCAGUUCAAGAACCAGUCGAUGCCCCAGCCCACGCUGCCCUCACUGAUGGAGGCCAACUACCACCUCCACCAGCACCGUCGCCAGCAGAACAGCAGCAGCCACCGCAUCAACGACAUCCUGAACGGCUCGACACAUUUGUCGCUCCCCCUGCCCACCCCUAGCAACAACAACAGCAGCAGCAGCAAUCAUGGACAGGGCUUUGGAUCGGAUUACAACAACAACAGGACCUUGCCUCCCAUCUCGUCCUUGCUCCCCAUCUUUUAA